AUGGCGUCACAGGUUGGCCACGUCAAGGCCAACGUACCGCUCGUGCAGUGCACCGGCGGUGCCGUUGUGAUUGUCGACCAGCCACGUUGGAUCAGCUUCUUUUUUGGAGACGAGCUAUAG